AUGCCACAAGAGCUCCCCCCUCAGCAAGGAUUUCCUGAAAUCAGAUAUCGUCGUUACUUACCAAAACGUGGUCCUUCUGGAUUAGUUUUACUUUUAGGUGUUACUGCUAUAUCAGGUUUCGGUUUCUAUAGACUUUUCCAAGGCAAUCUUGAAAGAAGAGAGUUAAAGCGUGAAAAUUUAUGGUCACGUAUUCAUUUAGUCCCACUAUUGACGGCUGAAUCAGAUAGGGAUAACUACCGUCGUUUGGAGGCUGCUAAGGCCCGUGAAGCAGAGGUUAUGAAAGACGUCGACGGCUGGAAAGUCGGUGAAUCAGUUUACAACAACACCAAAUAUUUUACUCCACCAAAAUAUAUCUAUUUGCCCGAACAGCACCAGCAGAAUUAG